AUGGGUUUCACCGAUCUCGUCAGCGACGCCGGCCUGACCAUGCUCAACAGCUACUUGACCACCCGCUCAUACAUCGUCGGCUACACCGCCUCCCAGGCCGACGUCGCCACCUUCAAGGCCAUCUCCUCUGCUCCUGACGCCUCCAAGUACCCCAACGCUGCCCGGUGGUACAAGCACAUCGCCUCCUACGAGUCCGAGUUCCCCACCCUCUCUGGCGAUGCUUCCAAGCCCUACACCGCCUACGGCCCAGAGGUCGCUGAGGUCACCCUGAACCCCGCCAAGGCCCCCGCCGCCGAGGAGGACGAUGACGACGUUGACCUGUUCGGCUCCGACGACGAGGAGGAGGACGCCGAGGCCGCCCGUAUCCGUGAGGAGCGUCUGGCCGAGUACCGCAAGAAGAAGGAGGGCAAGACGAAGCCUGCCGCCAAGUCCGUCGUGACGAUGGAUGUUAAGCCUUGGGAUGACGAGACUGACCUGCAGGCUCUUGAGGCGUCUGUGCGUUCGAUCGAGAAGGACGGUCUGGUCUGGGGUGCCUCCAAGUUUGUCGCUGUUGGUUUCGGUAUCAAGAAGCUGCAGAUCAACCUGGUCGUCGAGGACGACAAGGUCUCCCUCGAGGAGCUCGAGGAGGAGAUCCAAGGCUUCGAAGACUACGUUCAGUCCUCCGACGUUGUCGCCAUGCAGAAGCUGUAA